AUGGGAUUGCUCGGCCUGCUACAUCUGCAUGGCCACCUUGACCUGCUUGCAUCAUCACCGGACUAUAUCUACCUGUUCCAUUUACUCACACGCCAGCAUUUCUGCUCUACAGGUUCCUCACGAGGUCUCGGACUCGCCAUCGCUAAAGCCUUCCGCGCCGAAGGAGCACGAGUUGUACUGAACUACUUCAAGUCCGACCUGACGCGGAUCCACCAUCUCGAAAAGGAACUUGGAGUGUUCCCGAUUGGGGCGGACAUCACGGAUCCGGACCAAGUGAAGGCGCUCUUCGCGACGGCCGAAUUUCACUUCGGCCAACCCAUCACGACGGUGGUGAACAAUGCCAUCGUGGGAGACUUUGAGUUCAACGGCGAUGCAAGGCCCAAACUGGCCGCCGGUGAGCUCACAUGGUCGAACUUCGACUCUCAGCUUCAGGGGUUCCUUCGCGGGACGCUCAACACGACCCAAGCCGCCCUGCCUGGAUUUGAGAGGAUCGGGUCUGGCCGCAUCAUCAACAUCGGCUCCAAUCUUGUCCAGAACCCCGUUGUGCCGUACCACGACUACACGGCGGCCAAGGGCGCAUUGUUGGCCUUCACCAGAACUUGUGCCGCGGAGCUGGGUCCCAAGGGCAUCACGGUCAAUCUUGUCGCAGGCGGACUGUUGGACGUCACGGAUGCGAGUGCCAGUACGCCCAAGGAGGUGUUUGCCCAGAUCAAAGCCGUGACCCCGCUGAGAAAAGUCACUAUCCCAGAAGAUGUUGCAGGGGCAGUAUUGUUUUUCGCUAGUCCGUGGGCCGCUGGCGUCACCGGUCAGCAGCUGGUCGUUGAUGGCGGAUUGGUCAUGAAUUGA